AUGGCGUUCAACAAGAAAUAUGCCGGUCUUCCUGACCUGGACCUUGCUCCCGAUAUCUACGAGACCCCCGACCUAACAGACGAAGCCUCCACGGUCCCGACAGCAACGAUUCGCACAGCCUCAAAUGCAGACGAUGUCGGUUCCGACUCGGAUAUUGACCAAGACCCUGUCAACGCGGACGAAGCGCGCUCCCACUUUCUCGGAGCCACCGUCGACGCCCGUCGUGUGAACUUCUCAGACAGCAUUGCUACGAAGCGAAAGUCUUACAAAAGUAAGAGCCGGCAGAGGCGGAAGAACAGUAUCGCGGAGGGUGAGGAAAGUGAUAGCGAGAAUGAGAGUUUGGAACGGAGACUGGCGCGCUUGCAGCGCGAAGUGGAGGAAUUGAAGGAUGAGAUGGCUACCUCUCAACAACCGGAUGCGGAGACCAGCAACCUCCCAGACGAGGCUAAAGGGACACUAGAUGAUGGCGUCGAGAAACUCAGUCAGGCACUAGACAACCUCUACGCCUCGUCCCGGGGAGCGUCCCAACCUAAUUCGGCGGCCGCCUUGAUAUCCCAGAAGCUUGCAUCAAACCCCUCGACACAGGUAGCGGAUAUUAGCGGCUCCCAGAUUAAAGCUGCAGCAAGGAGGACUGACUAUGAAACGACCGGUCCUGCUGCUGGCAUCCUCUCACACGCUGCAGCUUUCGAUGCUCGACUUGCUCUUAUUGAAUCAGCAAUGGGAAUUUCCACCUCCUCAAACCCCUUCAUCUCCGAGGGAACCUCGGACUCCCCACUCCAGCCAGUCCUUCCAGCCCUUGAUCACCUCACCUCCCGCCUCUCAACCCUCAUGACCCUACUCGUCGGCCCGAGCCCUGUUCCCGCGGCCCCAACAACGAGCGUACCCGCAAACUCAGCCGCCGUCACAACCCCGCACCUCGAGCUGCUUUCCACGCGGGUCAGGAAACUUACAACAGACGCUGAGGCCCUAGCGUCAGCGCGCAAACGCGCGCUCGACUCCGCGAAAGCAGCGCAGAACUCCCGCAUCGCCCGCACAGCGUCCGAACUCUCUAUCUCUGGCUCCCCCAUCGAGCCCGAGCAAACCGCCGCUCAGCGCGACGAGCAAGCAACUAAGAUCCAAGCUCUAUACGCUACCCUCCCAACUAUCCAAUCUCUUCACCCAAUUCUUCCCAGUGUUCUGGAACGUCUACGCUCUCUCCGCGCUAUCCAUGCCGGGGCUGCGCAAGCGUCUGAAUCACUGGACGAGCUAGAAAAACGUCAAGCCGAUAUGGCGGGAGAGAUUGAACAGUGGAAGGAAGGGCUGAAGGCCGUUGAGGAGAAGAUGGGCCAGGGUGAAUCCGCGCUGAAGAGUAAUAUUGAGCUUGUUGAGCCGUGGGUUCGCGAUCUGGAGAAGAGAAUGGAGCGGUUGGAAGCAGGAAAUUAA